AUGGAGCAGACCAGCCAUGCAUCCAGUUCCCUCAGUACCCAGUGGUUAAAGUCCAAGUAUCACAUGGGAGCCGUCUUCUUGAGCUCGGCGCUUUAUGUAAUUGCCCUAAUCGAUAAUUCGCAUUGCAACACAACUCCCUCUUACACAAGGCAAAUCGAAAUCCCAGGUACCGACAAGGACCAUCCUGAGGAUGCAGGAG